GCUCAGGAGGCUCACUUUAUUAUUCGAGAUUGGUUAGCAGAGAACGUAUCUAAAAAUGUUGCUCAAGAAACACGUAUUAUAUAUGGAGGCUCUGUUAAUGAUACGAAUUCUCCAGAACUUUCGAAACAACUUGAUGUUGAUGGAUUUCUUGUAGGUGGUGCUUCUUUAACAGACAAAUUUAUUAAAAUUAUUAAAUGUUUCAUUCCCGAAGCUUAA